UUUCACGGUGGGCCUGCUCUGCGCGACGGGGGACGUGGCCCUGCAGCUGAACGCCCGUUUUGCGAUGGGGCCGGUGUUGGGGUGCAAAGCGCGAUGCGGGGGGGUGUGGGGGCCCGAGGAGCUCUGCGGGCGCCCCCCCCUCAGCCCCGGGGGGACCGUGGAGAUCAUCAUCAGUGCCCAGUUGCAUGGCUACCAGGUGGCAGUGAACGGGCAGCACAUGCUGGUGUUCCUGCACCGCCUGCCCCUCCCCACCGUCCAGAACCUCGAGGUCACUGGUGACGUCACCCUCACCUGCAUCACCUUCACCGGCCCU